AUGGAUGGUUAUGGGAAUGGAGAUUUGAGCAAGGAGGAUCAGAGGAGAUCAGUGGAAGAGGAGUCUGCAAGGGGACAACGUGAAGACAGAGUAAGAGGAGUCUGCAAGGGACAACGUGAAGACAGAGUAAGAGGAGGCAAGGCAUCUUCAAAGAUGGGGAGAGACACCGGAACAAUGGAACGCCGGGAUGGGAAGAUCAACACUCUGGGAUUGGAAGACAAAGACGUGGGAUCUAAUCCAGAGAUCACAACGAAGACUUGGAUCAAGACAGGAUCAAGAACGAUCGAGCAGAACUGA